UAUUGAAGCACCAAACCGAUUUGAUUAAGAAUCACAAUAUGAAUGGAACACCGCCUAAACUGAGUUUUGAAAUAACGAAAUCUUCGGAAAUAACCAAACUGAUUUCAGAUGGGAUCCGCGCUGCUGAGGCUCUCGAGGAGAGCCUACUGAGGAACCAAUCGAUCACCUCCGCACCACCGACACAGUUAAGAGAUAACAACAGCAGCAACAACAACAACAACAACAACGAUAAUAUUGGCUCUAGAAAACCAUCGAAACCAUUGCUGGCUCCAGCCAGACCGGAGAUUUUGCAAGGCGAAACUCAUUCACUGAAACCAUCAUCCUCAUCCACAACAUCGGUUCAUUCAAAGCUUCCCAUUUUCGCAGCACCGCAAUCACCACCUGUCAUUGUUAACUCUCAUUCGCAUCAGCGUUUACAAUAUCCGCAUCUGCACCACGCACACUAUCCAUUCCCUCAUCCACACCAUUUUCAUGCUCAUACUGCACAGCAAUUGCAUCACAAUCUAACUAGUAAUCUUCCAGCGCUGGCGCAAAAAACAAUUAGCCUAUCUGAAUAUCUGCGUCCCCCACAAAAUGCACCGCUCUUCCACCCUGUGAAGCUGCCCGGACGUCGACCCUUUCCCGGCCCCAUCAAGAAGGUGCCUGCCUCAAGGCCAGUGUUGCCGCAACAGCAUCCGCCGCCUGGUGGACUGCUGGCUCAGUCAUCGUUGAUUGUUAACCACUAUCGGAAACCAGUGCCCAGCCUGCUGAAGCCGUUCCUUAAGGAGAAACACUUUCCCAUACAGCCGAUAGCUGCUUCGGUUUUGUUAUUAGGUCAGCCGACGGAGCUCAGCGGCAUUGGACAGAGAAAACCCGAUGCCGCAGAGCGUGCCAAAAUCAAGUCGAAGCCCGUAAUCCCAUUGCCCGUGCCGUAUGUAGACCUCGAGCCUCAGUCUUCACUCAAGACCACUUCCUACUUUAAGUCAAACAACAAUGUGGAGCAGCCAAUUUUAAGCAGCACAACAACGACGAUAGUGCCAAUUAUUAAGCAUCCGAUCCCUGAUGAGCCAUCGCCCCAACAAAUUGCCAGCAUGCGUCCGGCAGUUAAUCAAGGAUUUAAACCAGAUUCCGUUGUGGUUGAGAGCGGGUUCCGCCCGAUUGUGCGUAAAGAUGGCAGCGGCGUACAGCUUCCACCUGAAUUGAUUGACCAGGUAGCUCACAGGCGCGAGGAUCCUGGCUCUGAAAUAGACGAAGUCAUGGAGACAGACACGCUUUUCCUAACCGCACAAAGUGGCACCAAUACCCAGAGCUUUGAGCCUAUGUUUAUACCCUCUCCCUUGGACAGCACCAAAGCAACAAUGCUAGCAUUGAGCGCUAAGGAAGAUGUCAUUGAGCCUGUUCCAGACGUUCCAUCUCCACUGAGAUUACCUUCAGUGGCAAUCAAGCACACACUCCCAGCGGCGGCUGAACUUAGAAAGCCAUCGCUCGAAGAGCUGUUUCUUGACGGGGACGAGGAUGAUACGCAAAGCGAAGCAAAGGGACAGGAUGAACGGAUCACGGCGACAAAUCAGCCAAAUGUAAUUGAGAAAGAACAAAACUCUUCAGAAACAGCCAUUGCAGCCGAUGAGGAUAUGGACUAUGAUGACAUAGGUAGCCUAUUCGAGCCAUCGGCGGAAGAGGAACACCACAUGCAGGACCGUUUAGACGAGGAUCUGGAAAUGGAUCCAGACGAAAAGGUAGCUGAAGCAGCCGAACGCAUUGAUACAUACUACUUGCCACCUGACAACCGGAAGAUACCGCAAUCUGGAGUUCCUAGCGGUGCCGUUUAUACCUUUGAUGGUAAAUCUGUAGUGGAUUCCACUCUGGUGCUGCCCCCGAAGUUGGACGGGCGCGACAGUGGACAUUCGCGUCACUCGCAUUACGGGCUAACCCCAUUAGAGAAGCUUAUACGUACCACUCCACAGUUUGGCGCCUAUCGCGGGGAACUUCCAGAAGAUUUCCUCUCGACCACUCAGGCAGGUGUGCAGCCGGAUCAUACGAAUCCAGUGCGUUUAAGUAGCAGCAGCACCGACAGCACUCUUCAUUCACAUUCAUCGCCAUCACUAACAUCGUCAUCGAGGCCCAUUUCGACCAAGUUGCACUUGCUCAAGCCCAACAUAAAUGAAAAUAGCACGUAGAUAGUGAGUUAGAAAGAGGCAGAGAGAGAGAGAUGGCAACACAGGUGCGCAAUAGUUUAAUUCAUUGAUAGAUAAGCAUUUACAACUGCAAGCAGUUAGUAAUUGAAUUUGUAUUCAUAACCACAUACAUACAUAUACCACAAAAAAUACCGUAUUAGAUGUAGUCACCUCUUUAUGUGUUUAAAUAUUAUGAUGCUCUUAAUUUUAAUAAAACACAAUUUUACAUACACAAUUA